AUCACAGGUAGAAGGAAGCUCCACUUCGCAGUGAUUGAUGCUACUGCCCUCAGCAGAGGACAGCGGGUGGCUGGCCCCUCCAGCAGUCAGCAGAGUCUGGUGAUAUUGGAAGUUUAGAUCGACAGCCCAGGCUGGAGCAACAGUACAGUGGGUAAAGCAUUUGCCUUGCACACGGCUGGCCCAGGUUCAAUCCCCAGCAACACAUGUGGUGCCCCAAGCUGGCCACUGAGUGAUUCCUGAGCACAUAGACCAACACCCCAGGAGAGCUGAGCCAGGCUGAGGUGCAGGGGAGCCUCCAGCACUGCUGCGAAUCGGAGGGCCUCAGGAGAGAAAACUCACUACAGAACCUUCCGUGUCUCUAAGGGCGAAAUAAUGAAAGAAAUGGAUCAAUCUUUGAUGGUGUUUUUUGAGGAUGUGGCUGUGGACUUCACCUGGGAAGAGUGGCAGCAUCUUGAUGAUGAACAGAGGACCCUGUACCGGGAUGUGAUGCUGGAGACUUACAGUCAUCUGGAGUCAUUGGGACAUUCAGGAGUCACCAAACCUGAGGUCAUCUUCAGGUUGCAGGAAGGAGCAGAGCCAUGGAUGGUCAAAGUACCCCCAACCCAGAACAUCUCAGGCCCAACUAUAAGUACUGGAAACUAUUCCAGGAUGUUGCCGGAGGUGUAUGAUAUAUUUAAGAACAAGUUUCUACUAUUUAAGUCUGAUGAGAUGCAUCCUGCAGAGAAACCUGAGGGCUUUAAUUCAAUUGGAAAAUCCCUUGCUUUUGAGGACGAACAUCAUCCAAGAAGUCAGAGUGCGAAUGCUAUUAAGAAAUCAUACCUCACUCACAUUCAGAAAACUGAGGUAGGAGAGAAAAUAUCUGAAUCUAAUGUAUACGGUAAAAUUCCCUACAAAAUGUCUAGUGUUAAGUAUCAAAACAUAUACACAGGUGAGAAAUCUUACAAGUAUCAGAAAACCCCUCAUUCUUCAACCCUUAGACAUCAGAGAACUGACUCAGGAGAGAAAUCCUAUGAAUGUAAAGAAUGGAGGAAAACAUACUCACCACAGUCCUGCCUCACUGUGCACCACAGAAUUCAUGCAGGAGAAAAACGCUUUGAAUGUAAAGUGUGUAGAAAAACUUACUCUUGGAAGUCAUACCUUGCUGUCCACCAAAGAAUUCACGCAGGAGAGAAACGCUUUGAAUGUAAAGAGUGUAGGAAGACAUUCUUUUCAGGUUCGAACCUCAUUGAACACCAGAGAAUUCACACAGGAGAAAAACCCUUUGAAUGUAAAAUAUGUAGGAAAACUUACUCCCGAAAGUCAUACCUCAAUGUACACCAGAAAAUUCACACAGGAGAGAAACGCUUUGAGUGUAAAGUAUGCAGGAAAACCUACUCCUGGAAGUCAUAUCUCACUGUUCACCAGAGAAUUCACACAGGAGAGAAACCCUUUGAAUGUAAAGAAUGUAGGAAGACAUUCUUUUCAGGUUCAAACCUCAUUGAACACCAGAGAAUUCACACAGGAGAGAGACCCUAUGAAUGUAAAGUAUGUAGGAAAACUUACUCCCGAAAGGCAUAUCUCACUAUACACUACAGAAUUCACACAGGAGAGAAACGUUUAGAAUGUAAAGAAUGUGGCAAAACUUACUUUUCAAAUUCAGACCUCACUGAACACCAGAGAAGUCACACAGGAGAGAAACCCUAUGAAUGUAAAGUAUGUAGGAAAACUUACUCCCGGAAGUCAUACCUCGCUGUUCACCAGAGAAUUCACACAGGGGAGAAACUCUUUGAAUGUAAAGAAUGUAGGAAAACUUUCUUAUCUGGUUCAAACCUCAUUGAACACCAGAGAAUACACACAGGAGAGAAACCCUUUGAAUGUAAAGAAUGUAGGAAAACUUUUGCCUCUAGAUCAAAUCUCAAUGCCCACCAGAGAAUCCACACAGGAGAGAGACCCUAUGAGUGUAAAGAAUGUGGAAAAACUUUCUCCUGGAGGUCACAUCUCAUUGAACAUCAGAGAAACCACACAGGAGAGAAACCCUAUGAAUGUAAAGAAUGUAAGAAAACUUUCUCUUGGAAGUCAGCUCUCUCUGACCACCAGAAAAUUCACACGGGGGAAAGACCCUAUGAAUGUAAAGAAUGUAUGAAAACUUUCAUCUGGAAGUCAAACCUUAUUGAACACCAAAGAAUUCACACACGAAAGAAAUCCUAUGAAUGUCAAAAAUGAAGGUCAAACUGAGGAGAUAUCUCUUAGAACUCAUAUGGAAGAGAAACCCUAUUAAGGUAUAGAACAUAGGGAAUCUUUCUACAUUA